AAGCUCUUCAUAAAUAAGAAUGCGAGUCUCGAAUUACAUCAGUUCUGCGUUAACCAUCUAAUAACCUUGACGUGAUUAUGAAUUCCACCAAUAAUUGUGUGCUUUUCGUGUCCAUCCUUGUUGCAAUAUCCUUCCCAUUAAUCGCAUCGCAAUAUAUUGCGACACAGCAGGCUCCGGUGAUGCAGCAGACUGCAACGGCGCAGCAGAUUUCGGCGCAGCAGGCUGCAACUGCGGCGCUGCUAAGAUAUAGGGAAGUGUGCGUUAAUAUUAGCGGAUCUGAUGAAGGGUUCUACCAAUUCGUUGGCUCAAUACAACCUAGCAGAGCCUGUGUCGUGGAUUCUUUGAGAACGAUUUUUCAAACUGCACCAGCCGAGAAAAAUGCUUCAGAUUUUUUCAAAAAAUCAUGUCCUAAAUUCAACGAAACUGUGAGCUGUUUUGAUGAAGUAAUAGAAGGAAUAGCUAAGUGUACCAGUGAAGAUUAUCAAACAUUAGUUAAUAUUUUGAAUGAAAUCCUCUAUGGUGUUGUAGAACUUAUUUGUGAAAGCAAUGGACAAUUAUUAUCUGAACUGCAAAGUCCUAUAAUUCGUGCUUGUUUAAGUCUAAUAAGGGAACGAGCGGCUGAGUGUAGGCUUACGGAAGCAAUCAGGUCGAUACCACCCACUGGAUUAAGCGUGGAACAAUGCCUAGAUGUGGUACAAACACGUGAAUGUUUGCAAGAAAAGGUUGCCAUUUGCAAUACUCCCACGUUGCACAGUAUUCUAGAAAUAGCAUAUGACAAACUUUUGAAAUAUGCGAACUGCAAUAAGGUCAUCUGAAAUUGAAGCUGUUCUGUUUAUACCAUUGUUAUAUUAAAAACACUUCUGUUGAACAAUCAUUGAUGAACUAUUAAAAAUCUAUUAACCGUA